AAAAUGGACAGCAGCGUCAAGUUAGCUGAUUCCAAACCAUAGGACUUCUCGAGACAUAGCUAUCGUAUUGAACCAGUCAUCUAUUACGCAGCCUGUACGUUCUGAAACAGAAAGUCACACAGCUCGUGUGGAGUAAGAUGGACUCGCAGCUCUGUGACAACUGUGGCAAAAACUCGUUGAUAACUGACGAUCACGGAGGCUGUUCUCAGCUGGUUUGUGAAGAUUGUGGUACCGUUAAGGCACAGGGAGGCUUCCAGGCCCCUCCAGAACAGACAGUGUGGUCAAAUAAGUCAGACAUCUUCUGGAAUUCUUCCAAGAAGUUGCAGAAUCUGAUACAACACCAUGGUGAUGGGGAGAGAAGUUCUGAGGGCAAAAAGAUUGGAGAGAAGAGGAUCAAAGAAAUCUCAGCUGCCAUGAACCUCAGCUCUGACAUGAAAGAGAGUGCCCUGGAUAUGUAUAAUAAAUUAAUUCACAGGUCUGGGCCCUUCCGGGGCAUUUUAUUGGCAAAUAAGUUAGUAUUAGCCAGUGCUGCUGUGUAUGUGGUAUGCAGGCAGAGAGGGUGGCCUGUCACGCUCAACUCCACAGCCUCUCUGUGUCAGUGUAGUGUGUUUGACCUUGGCAAGUACUAUAAAGAAAUAUUGAAGGUUUUAAACAUCACACUGGAAGCACAGGAUAUUGUUGAUCUUAUCCCAUCUUGUCUCAGUUCAUGUAACUUUAGUGACACAGAGCUUGAUGAGGUGACAAGAUUAGUGGAGUUGUGUAAGGAGACCUGGAUCAGCAGUGGAAGGAGGUAUAAUUCUGUGAUCACGGCUGCCGCAUACUUGGUCUGGCAGUCUCAUAAUGUUAAAGAGCUCAAGACACCAAUAUGCAGAUUUGUUUCUACCUUUAAAUUGUUGCAGUGGAAAUACAGACUAAAGCACUUUGUUGAGGAGUUGAAGACGGUGUUGUGUGCUCUGGCUGAGGGGGUGCCCUGGCUUAGUGAUGUGAAACCAGAUAAAGUCCACUUACACUUGCCUGAUAUUCUGAAAUACCAGAAAUCUCUACUGGCAACUGCCAUAUCUUUACAGCAGGAGGACCGGGAGGGGGCAGAACUUCUUGAUGGUGACACCGAGCAGUUUGGUUACCAUGGAAAACGUAAAGGAGGGUCUGCUAUUUUUCCAACAGCUUACAAAAAGGCUCGACUUCAUUCUGAGCAAGAUGACUCUUGCUCUCGGGAGAGUAUUUCUGUAUCAAGUCACAGUAAUCUGGAUUGUGAAUUUUUGACAGAGGAAGAUAUCCCAGAGAAUGAACUUAGGGAAUACAUAAAAGACAAAGAUGAAAUUCUGAAGUUGCAAGCGGCUGAUCAUUCAAAUAACAAGUGAUAAGAUCUGACAUCAAAUGAG